AUGGCAUCAUCCCGCGCGUUUAUCACGGACUCGGAGAAGCAGGCUAUUAUCGCAGAUGAUACGAUUAGUAACAUGACAGGGAAACGCCAUGAUCAGCCGCCGCGUCGACGCACAAGUCUUGUCAAGGCUCUUAUCAUUACAUCACUCGCUGUUGCAGGCUUGUAUAUAUACCUUCCUCGCCUCGGUUUUCUGUCGCCUUUGAGAACGUGUGGGUCGACGGCACACAAUCUGAAUAAUGGAGAUGACAGUCUGGGUGCCGUUGCGAGUGAGAGCUCGAUAUGUAGUGCUGCGGGGACGGAAAUGCUGAAGCUGGGAGGAAAUGCCGCGGAUGCUAUGGUUGCGACGGUGUUUUGUGUUGGUGUCGUCGGAAUGUACCAUAGCGGUAUUGGAGGCGGCGGUUUCAUGCUGAUACGAUCUCCUGACGGCACGUUUGAGAAUGUCGACUUUCGUGAAACUGCGCCGGCAGCUGCACACCAAGACAUGUUCGCCAGUGAUGCACACUUAUCGGUUGUAGGUGGACUAGCGAGCGGAGUGCCUAGUGAAGUGCGCGGCUUGCAGUAUUUACACAAUAAGCAUGGUGUUCUUCCAUGGUCGACUGUCCUGCAGCCAGCCAUAAAGACUGCUCGAUAUGGCUUCCCCAUGACAGAGGACCUGUAUCACGCAACGCAGCGGACGUUGAAGAACGGCAAGGACUUUCUGGUGACAGAUCCAUCGUGGGCCCAGGACUUUGCGCCGCAUGGAACUAUACUCGGACUCGGUGAUACCCUAUACCGAAAGCGAUAUGCGGACACGCUUGAGACCAUUGCCAAUGAAGGACCGGAGGCGUUUUAUACUGGUCGCAUUGCUGAAACAAUGAUUGACGCCGUGCGAGCAACCAAUGGAAUCAUGACGUUAGAAGACCUGCAAAACUACAAGGUCGCCAUCAGGGAUACUCCCCAGAUCAACUACAGAGGCUAUACCGUUACUAGCACCUCGGCUCCCUCUGCUGGAGUUAUUGGAUUAAGCAUAUUGAAAAUUAUAGACGGAUAUGAGCGGUUCUUUUCGCCAGAGUCAAUCCAGCUGAGCACGCAUCGGCUUGAUGAAGCAAUGCGCUUUGCCUACGGACAGCGAACAAGCUUUGGAGACCCUUUGUUCGUCGAGGGAAUGCACCAGCACGAACAAGAUAUCCUUAAAGACACAACCGUGUCCAGAAUCCGCCGGCGUAUUUCUGACCUUCGUACGCAGAAUGUAUCUGCAUAUGACCCGGAAGGUAUUGAGAGUAGGGACACGCCAGGAACGUCUCAUAUUUCCGCGGCGGAUCGCUCCGGGCUUGCAAUCACCUUGACGACAACGAUCAACCUGUACUUUGGUAGUCAUGUGAUGGUUCCUGAGACGGGGAUUAUUAUGAACAACGAAAUGAAUGACUUCUCGAUCCCCGGGUCAUCAAACGAGUUCGGCUACGUCCCUUCACCAUCCAACUACAUCCAGCCAGGCAAAAGACCGCUGUCCUCCAUCACUCCGAUUAUUGUAACCCACCCGGACGGCUCGCUAUACUUUGUUACAGGCUCUGCAGGCGGCAGCCGAAUUACGACAGCAACAGUCCAGAGCGUUGUCAAUCUGAUCGACCGAGACAUGGGGCCCUAUGACGCCCUUGCCGAGCCUCGUAUACACGACCAACUCAUCCCCAACCAAGUUCGCUUCGAGUACAGCUUCAACAACGACACUGUGCGAUCCAUGCAACGCCGCGGACACAACGUGACCUGGGUCGCGCCAGGACAGAGUUCGGCGCAGUGCAUUCGCUUGCUGCGCAACGGCACCUUUGAGGCUGCUGGCGAGCCGCGACAGAAGAAUUCUGGAGGAUUCGCUGUUUGA